UUAUUUUCAAGAGAAAUGAUGCGAGAGUUUUGCAUUAUUCAACGGCGGGUUGGAUGAACAUUUUAUUUUCGUAGAGUACAGCUCACCGAUAGAUUCGGAGUAUCUUUCUGCUUAUAAAUAAUACCAUUUAACGCGUCGCGUGGGUGCUGAUAAGCUACGUCGGGGUCAGUGAAACGUGAUGAAAUGGAAACCGCGGAGUUGCCGGAGGAUGCUUCCCUGAGAACGCAGUUCACUGUCGACGAUUUAGAUAUCGAGAUAUUGCCGCUCAUAUACGAGAUUAUUCGCAGCAUCGAGAAGGACCCGUAUGACACUACGCAGAAGGCGAAAGAAUCGCAGGAUACCAGUCAUAAGAUCAUAGAGUUACAAAAAAAAUUAGAUUCCGCAAGAUCGCAGAUUAAAAGAUUACCAGGAAUAGAAUAUAGCAAAGAAGAGCAGUUACAAAAGCUCGAGACUUUACGCAAGCAACUGAGACUGAAGCGUGAACUGUUGUUGAAGUACCGUAACACGUGCACGUUCGAGAUACCAAAAGUAUAAAUAGGCGCGUUUGAGGUUUAGAGAAACAAUAGAGAGAAAGAUUGUCAAAGAUGCGGUUUUUAAGAGCUCUUUUCCACAACUUGUUAAAUAACGAACACCUAAUUAAUAAACUAGCGGAAUCCAAACCAA